AUAAUUUUGAUAAUGGAAAGUAGUGAAAUUAGCGGAUUUAUGCAGCAGCUGUAUCCGCUUGCCGUUCGUAUGAAUGAACAUUUGCCGACUUGCUGGAGUUCAAAGGACAAGUACCAGUUUCUUGGCCUGUCACAGAAUAAUCUUCGUGCUGGCAAAACGCACAAAGAUGCUGCGGCGGUCAGGAGCAACUAUCCGAUCCCAUGUGCCUGCGGAUUGUACUAUUUUGAAGUUAAAAUUUUAUAUGGGCAUUGGUCUUUCGCGCAUUUUAUACGUCUUCGCCUAGUAAUAUUGUUUGUAGGCUGGGAUAAACUUUCUUACGGAUAUCAUGGCGACGAUGGCCAUUCAUUUUGCUCCUCUGGAUCCGGAAUGCCGUUUGGCCCUACUUUUACUUCGAAUGAUGUUAUUGGCUGCGGUCUUAAUAUGGUUGAACAUUACUGUUUCUACACAAAAAAUGGCCAGUUCCUCGGUACCUAUACGUUUUCUGCGUUAUUUCUGGAACUUGAAAUAUGUUUUAGGCGUGGUAAAAUUUCAAUCUGUUUUUUCGGCCCAUUAGACUGUUUCAGUUCUACGGUGACUUUUAUUAUCGUCCAUAAAUUGUUGUUGUGCACAUAUUCGGGCUGA